AUGAUCAAUUGUGCUCACAUCACUAGUUGCAAUUUUGACGACAUUAUAUCUAAUAGUACAAUCUUCUCAUGUUGA